AUGGCGGGACAUGGCGUGUUCAAGGUCACAGACAACGACCUCUUCGACUUGUACGAGUUGAAUCUUGAGAACAACGAUGGGGGUCGUGUUUCAGCUCAUAAAGGUAGCAACUUUGUGUUUAAAUUGGACCAGAGUUUGCUGAUCGAUGGAAGCUGUGUGAGGAUUGGUCAGGUGCUCGGAGAAGGGCCGCAGGCGAUUGUCUAUGAAGGAUUGUGUAAUUCCACGCCUGUUGCUGUGAAAAUCAUACAGCCAGACAGAGCAGGUUUAAUCAGUCCUGAACGCAAAGACAAAUUUCAGAGGGAGGUGACUUUGCUGUCAAAGGCAAAACAUGAUAACAUUGUGAAGUUUAUCGGUGCUUCUGUGGAACCAACUAUGAUGAUAGUUACUGAGCUUAUGAGAGGUGGUACCGUUCAGAAGUACUUGUGGGGCACCCGCCCUGUAAUUCCGGACUUAAAGAUUUCAGUAAGUUUUGCAUUGGAUAUAUGUCGAGCAAUGAAAUACUUGCAUGCAAAUGGCAUCAUACACCGUGACUUGAAGCCAAGCAAUCUACUUCUUUCCGAAAACAAGAAGCAAGUGAAGCUGGCUGACUUUGGGCUUGCUAGAGAGCAGAUAGACGGUGCAAUGACUAGUGAGGCUGGAACAUACCGGUGGAUGGCUCCUGAGUUAUUCAGCAUUGAACCAGCUCCAAAAGGUGCAAAGAGAAAUUAUGAUCACAAGGCUGAUGUCUAUAGCUUCUCAAUAGUUCUGUGGGAGUUGCUCACAAACAAAACUCCAUUCAAGGGAAGGAAUAACGUAAUGGUGGCAUAUGCUACAGCUAAGAAUGUACGGCCUAGCCUGGAGGGCAUUCCUGAGGAGAUUAUCCCUUUGCUAACGUCCUGCUGGGCUGAGGACCCCCUGGACCGACCAGAAUUUAUGAAAAUAACUGAUACCCUCUCCAACUUCUACCGGGAACAUUGCUUAAAGGAGAACAAGCCUCCUCCUAAGGUCAUUGAGACUGAAGAUAAUGAGACGAACAUUAAGGAACAUAAUGAGAGGAGCAUUAAAGAAGAAGAAUCGUUGAGUACCUCCCAACCACAAGUGAUUGAGACACCUGAAAGAGAGAAAAAGCUUAAAAGGCGCAAGAAGAGUUGGUCAUCUUUUUGGUUCUGUUUCUCUUGCUUCUCUCGUCGACCAAAUGUUAUGGUGAGUUCUGUUUGACUGAGGAACUUUUUGCCCAGGCUAGGAAAUCUAGUAGGAUGUUGUAUCGGCUGUUCUCAUAGUUUUGUUGUAUACACAGAGUAUAGAUUUAGGAAAAUGUUCUCUUGCUGAAUGGUUUAACAU